CUGGAGCCUGACGUGGCCUGGUUUCGACUCUGCCUCCGCCGCCGCCUGAGAGGAGGAGGAGGAGGAAGAGGAGUGAGAGAAAGAAAAGGCAUCCUUCUCGGCGCCGCCAUGGAGGCCCGCUACAACCUCAAGAGCCCCGCUGUUAAACGUUUAAUGAAAGAAGCUGCUGAACUGAAGGAUCCAACAGACCAUUAUCAUGCCCAGCCAUUAGAGGAUAAUCUUUUUGAGUGGCACUUCACAGUCAGAGGCCCUCCAGAUUCAGAUUUUGAUGGAGGAGUUUAUCACGGACGGAUAGUUCUGCCACCAGAGUAUCCUAUGAAACCACCAAGUAUUAUUCUCUUAACGGCUAAUGGAAGGUUUGAAGUGGGAAAGAAAAUUUGCCUAAGUAUCUCAGGACAUCACCCUGAAACAUGGCAACCAUCAUGGAGCAUACGAACUGCCUUACUUGCUAUUAUUGGAUUCAUGCCUACGAAAGGGGAGGGAGCCAUAGGAUCUCUAGACUACACACCUGAGGAAAGAAGAGCACUUGCUAAAAAGUCUCAGGAUUUCUAUUGUGAAGGAUGUGGAUCACUUAUGAAAGAAGCUCUCUUACCAUUAACGUCUGGAAGUGCCUCAAGCCAGGCUGCUGACAAAGAGGCCAAGGAACUUGCUAGGCAAAUUAGUUUCAAGGCGGAAGUUAACUCAUCUAGAAAAUCUGUUGCUGAACCAGCAAACUUAUCAGAUCGAAGCCACUCAGACAGUUCCCCUGAACACCAACAAGAAAGUACAAUCCCAGCCUUCCAGGACACGAUUGAAGUGUCUGAAAAUCGGUCCAACUCGCCCCCUUCAAGUCCUGAAAGUAAUCCCCAGCCUGUGGCAAAUGCAACCUCUCUGAGCCCUCGCCAGAGGCGUGCGCAGCAACGGAGGGUGCCGGCAUCAACCAACUUCAAUCAGGGUCAACAACCGAGAGUCAACGCAGAUCCUAUAGAGUCAAACGUCCUAAUUCUUGUUCUUGUUCUGGCAUUAGCAGCACUUAUAUUUAGGCGUAUAUGUUUAUCCAAUGAGUAUAUAUUUGAGUUAUGAUUUUUUUCUCGUAAUUGUUACUUAAUCUCUUUACUAAGGUAUUGGAUGUUGGAUAUGAGGAUUGUUUACAUAAGGUCACUUUUUGUAUUUACUCAUUUUAAGUCAGAAUGUUGCUGUACCGUGGGGUACCGUAAUAUCUCCAAGGAGUGUGCACCUUAAUAUUGGUGUGAGUAUUGACUAUUAGCAAUCUGUACAAACCAAGCAGAUGGCCUGCAAAAAUGCUUUGACAUUAGCAGGAUGUUUAGGCAAUAAGAGGACUGGAUGGAUCACUUGUGAACUUUCGUGGAUAACUUUUAACUGAGGAAAACAAGAUAGUUGUAAUUUUAUGCUUGAAUGAAUAAACUAUAAAAGUUUGCCUGAAUGAACUAUUAAUGUUUGUCUGAGAGGGAUACAUUUAAGUGCAAAUAUGUCUAUAUAGAAGAUGUUAUUAAACUGAGCAGGGAAGGGAAGUCGCUAUUAUUUUGUAAGUACAUUUAUUUUUCACACAACAAAUGUGCCCGGGGGGGGGGGGGAUCCUGAUAUUGUGAGACUUUUAUCAUCUGUGGAAAAAGGGGCAGGACAUAUUUAAUUUUCUUUUUAAUUUUAAUUAUCUAAGUUAGAAUAAUACUUUGCGAGAUUUAAAUGUGAUUUUCUGAUAUUCAGUUGUGUAUAUUUGACUUUUUUUACAUUUGGAUAUUCUGAAAUUGGUUAUAACUAUGUAUAAUUUACCCAGAACUUAUUGACAGUGACAUCCUCCAAAAAUACAUAUAAUGCAUUAUCUGUUUCAUGUGCCCAUUAUUUUAAAAAAAUUAAAAGCAAUUUCAAAAUCUGUAAAUAAGAAUAUGAUUAUUUGAGAAGAUUAUCCAUGAAAGCUGUGAAGUGCCAAGAACAGAACUUGUGAGUUUUAUUUUAAUUAAUGAGUUGAAAAAGCAUUGCAGUUUUUCACUGUGAAAGAGGCUAACCUUGUGAAUAUAUUCCUUGUGCUAAUAGGCAAGUUUUCAUGCAAAUCAGGAGAUUGAAGUUUCUGGACCAAACUUGGCAUGCAUGCCCAAUUUUAAAUACUGGUGGGGUUUGAAGGCAAUUGACCUUAGAGGUUGGGAGUUGUAGUUCACCUGCAUUCCAGAACCCUCUGCUGUAUGCAACUCAAAAGGACCCUAGAAUCUCGGACUUAUAGUUCACCCAUAUCCAGUGAUUAUUCUGAACCCAAACAAAAAUUGAUCUGGACCAACUUUGGUACAUAGACCGAACAUGGCCAACUUUGAAUGCUGGUGGGGUUUGGAGGGAAUUGACCUUGAAUUUAGGAAGUUAUAGUUCACCCACAUUCAGAGAGCUCUGAACCCAAGGGACAAAGGAUCUGGAACAAAUUUGGCACACAGGCCCAACAUACACAACUUUGAAUAUUGCUGGGUUUUGGGGAGAACUGAUCUUGAAUUUAGGGUAGGCAUAGGCAAACUUUGGCCCUUCAGGUGUUUUGGACUACAACUCCCACAAUUCCUAACAGCCAGUAGGCUGCUAGGAAUUGUGGGAAUUGUCCAAAACACCAGGAGGGCCGAAGUUUGCCCAUGCCUGAAUUAGGGAGUUGUAGUUCACCCGCAUCCAGAGAGCACCAUGAACCCCAACCAAAAAUGGACCCGGAACAAACUUGGCACAAAUACCCAACAUGCCCAAUAUCGAAUCCUGGUAUGGUUGGUACAAUGGCAGAUGAUGAUGGAAGUUGUAAUUUACCCUCAUUUUAUGCAUUUUCUAAUGGGCCCAUUAUUAAAAUCCAAAAUUCAAUAAUGAAUACUUUUUAUCACUGCAAAAGACUUACCAGGCAUCACCAGGUACCUAAGCUAGUAUAUAGUAAAAAUCAAAGUAUGUAUAUAUGUAAAUAUGUGGGUGACAAUAUAUGCUUGUGGCCGAUUUCCUAUUGGCUCCCACUUCCUUGGAGCUUUUAAACAGUCUGAAUGGCCAUAUGUCAGGGGUGCUUUGAUUGUGCUUUUCUUGCAUGUCGGGGGGGUUGGACUAUAUGGCCCAUGUAGUCUUUUCCAACUCUGAUUCUGAUCCCAGAGAUCAUUGUGAUUCCCACCAUCGAUGGGCCUGGACCAUACUUGGCACACAGACUCUUCCCCCCCCCCCCCUCCCAAUCAACAGAAAUGCUGGAGUGGUUUGAGGGAAAUUAACCUGGCAUGAUGUGAGUUGUAGUCAACCAUACCAGGUUUUCCAUACAUUUUCUUAAUGGGACCAUUCAUAAUAUCCCAAAACAAUGACUUUUGCUAAUAAAUAGUGUUUAUUUGGAAAACAAAUUACCAAAUAUCCGGACAUUGCCAGGUACCUAAGCUUGUAUAUAAUAAAGUUCAUAUUUUACUUUA